AUGACUAAAUCAAGAGACGUUAUCAGCGAGAUAAAGAUAGAUCAUAAAGUAAUUACAGAUCUUUGGGAGCGAUUUCAAACAACAGCAGUAGAAAGUGAAAAACAAAAAAUAGCAAACUCGAUUAUUCGUGAAAUUGCAGUUCAUUCUACUUGUGAAGAGAUCGUGUUGUAUCCUACUUUUGAGAAAUAUUUGAAGGACGGAAGUCAAUUGGCCGACCAUUCACGAGAAGAACACGCACAAGUAAAAAAAGAUUUGUAUGAAUUGGAUAAAAUGAAAACCAGCGAUGCCGGUUACCCCAGUCUUAUCGGAAAAGUCAUGAAAGAACUGUUUGAACAUAUUAAGGAAGAAGAGGAUACCAUCCUCCCAAAAUUCCAAUCAGCUAUUAAUCAUGAUGAAUUGAACAGCUUGGGCAAAUCAUUCGCUAAUACUCGUUUAACUUCUCCAACUCAUCCUCAUCCUAGUGCUCCUGACAAACCUCCAGCUGAAACUAUCGCCGGAACUGCCGCAUUACCGCUUGACAAAGCUCGUGAUGCUUCUCGUGAAUUCGCCGAGACUAUUCGAGAACAACUUGAAAAGGCUUACUAA